GCGGAGGGCGGGCGAGAGGAAGCGGAGGAGGCGGGCGCCGGCGCUGCUGCUGCUGCUGCUGUGUCAGGGGGCUCGAGGGCUGUUCGCGAUGGCCGCCGCGGGGGGCACCUACCGGCUUCGCUGCUCCUUGGUGGGCCACGAGCUGGACGUGCGGGGCCUCAGCUGCUCUCCCUUCCCCGCCGGCUCCUUCGUCUCCGUGUCCCGGGACCGGACGGCGCGGCUCUGGGCGCCCGACAGUCCCAACAGAGGAUUUACGGAAGUGCACUGCAUGAGCGGCCAUUCAAAUUUCGUUUCUUGCGUGUGUGUCAUCCCUCCGAGCGAGCUUUAUCCACGUGGAUUAAUUGCCACCGGCGGUAAUGACAACAUCAUUUGCAUUUUUGCUUUGGACAACUCUGCACCACUGUAUGUCCUUAAGGGUCAUAAAAACACUGUUUGCAGCCUCUCAUCUGGGAAGUUUGGCACCCUGCUUAGUGGUUCUUGGGAUACGACAGCCAAAGUCUGGUUGAAUGACAAAUGCAUGAUGACACUACAGGGCCACACUGCAGCAGUAUGGGCUGUGAAGAUAUUACCUGAACAAGGAUUAAUGUUGACUGGUUCGGCUGACAAAACUAUUAAGCUGUGGAAGGCAGGUCGAUGCGAGAGAACUUUUACUGGACAUGAAGACUGUGUUAGGGGCUUAGCCAUUUUAAGCGAGACGGAGUUUCUUUCUUGUGCAAACGACGCCAGCAUUCGGAAGUGGCAGGUAUCGGGAGAGUGUCUCGAGGUUUACUAUGGCCACACCAAUUAUAUAUACUGUAUAUCGGUCUUCCCGCAAAGUAAAGAUUUUAUUACUACUAGCGAAGAUCGAUCGCUCAGGAUCUGGAGAAAGGGGGAAUGCACACAGACAAUCAGACUUCCAGCUCAAUCCAUCUGGUGUUGUUGUGUGUUGGACAACGGGGACCUUGUCGUUGGAGCAAGUGAUGGCAUUAUCAGAGUGUUCACUGAGUCUUUGGAGCGCACAGCAAAUCUGGAGGAGAUUCAGGCUUUUGAAAACGAACUUUCUCAAGCAAAAAUUGAUCCUAAAACUGGUGAUUUAGGGGACAUCAGUGUUGAUGAGCUUCCUGGGAGAGAGCAUUUGGAUGAACCAGGUACAAGAGACGGACAAACGAGACUUAUUAAAAGUGAUGGAAAAGUUGAAGCUUAUCAGUGGAGCGCUGGUGAAGGGAGGUGGAUGAAAAUCGGGGAUGUUGUCGGUUCAUCAGGAGCCACACAGCAGACAUCGGGAAAGGUUUUAUUUGAAGGAAGGGAAUACGACUAUGUUUUUACUAUUGAUGUGAAUGAAGGCGGGCCGUCUCACAAGCUGCCCUACAACAUCAGUGAUGAUCCCUGGCUGACGGCAUACAACUUCUUGCAGAAGAAUGAUCUAAACCCAAUGUUCCUGGACCAGGUGGCCAAAUUCAUAAUAGAUAACACCAAAGGGCAAACGCUGGCACCCACGAAUGCGGAAUUUUCAGAUCCUUUCACAGGCGGUGGCCGCUAUGUUCCAGGUUCUUCCUCAGAGUCCAGGGAAGGGCUUCCAGGUGCAGAUCCAUUUACAGGUACGGGUCGCUACGUCCCAGGAUCAGCAUCUGACCCUGCAGCUCCUGCAAGUGGAGCCGAUCCAUUUACAGGGACGGGUGCCUACAAAUUAACUAUACCUAAAGCUGAAAAUAUUUAUUUUCCAAAGAAGGAAGCUGUUGCUUUUGAUCAGGCCAACCCUACACAAAUAAUGGGAAAACUGAAAGAACUUAACAGAACUGCCCCUGCUGAACAGCAGUUAACUGAAGAUGAUUUAGGUCUUCUAGAGAAGAUGCUCUCUAUAACAUGCAACACCUCCUCUGAAGCACCCACAGCACGGCAACUGCAAACUUUGUGGAAGGCAAUUAACUGGCCAAAUGACAUUGUCUUUCCAGCGCUCGAUAUUCUUCGGCUAUCCAUCAGGCAUCCCAGCGUGAACGAAAGCUUCUGCAGCGAGAAGGAUGGCCAACAGUUCAGCAGCCACCUGAUCCAAUUCCUGAACCCCGGAGGAAAGCAAGCCAACCAGAUGCUGGCCCUUAGAAUUUUGUGCAACUGUUUUAUCCACCCAGUUGGCCAGAAGCUCAUGAUGUCACAGGGGGACUUGAUAAUGUCACAGGCCAUAGAGCUGAAAAUAAGCAGCAAUAAGAACAUUCACAUUGCAUUAGCCACUCUGGCUCUGAACUACGCUGUCUGUUUACAUAAAAUUAAUAACAUUGAGGGGAAGGCUCAGUGCUUAUCAGUGAUCAGCACAGUCAUGGAAAUUGUGCAAGACCUCGAAGCUAUCUUUAGACUACUUGUGGCUCUUGGGACAUUGAUCAGUGGUGAUUCAGAUGCUGUACAGUUAGCUAAGUCUCUGGGGGUUGAUUCUCAAAUUAAGAAAUAUUCCUCUGUAUCAGAACCGGCUAAGGUAAACGAAUGCUGUAGGUUGGUCCUUAACUUGCUCUAACCGUUUUGUUUUUUUUAAAAAAAGCACUUGAGAGUCUAUGGCUAUGCUGAAGAUAAACUUUUUCAUAUUUUACAACAAUGGAGAGAAGAAAUACUGUGGGUUAACUAUCUGGACAUUAAGUGAAAAAAACCUAAAUAAAAUCUUUUUUUGCACUGAUA